AUGCUCUACACCCGUGGCUCUGGAUCCGUCAUCUCCAAGGUCUUGGAAACCACAAGGCGGCCGAGCCCCCGAGUCCCCGAGCCCCGCAGCCCGGCGCUAUGGACCCCGGCCCCGCCGCCCGCCGCCCCGCUCAGCCCAGGGCCCGCCUCCGCGCCGCCUCCCCCGGGCCAGGCCCCGCCGUCCGCUCCCGGGCCCCUCGCGCCUCCGGGGUCGCAGGCGGCGCCGCAGGCCCCCCCCGCCGGCCACCGGAUCGUGCACGUCCGGGGGGACUCGGAGACUGACCUGGAGGCGCUCUUCCACGCCGUCAUGAACCCCAAAGCGGCCAACGUGCCGCAGACGGUGCCCAUGCGGCUGCGGAAGCUGCCCGACUCCUUCUUCAAGCCGCCGGAGCCCAAGGCACACUCCCGCCAGGCCGGCACCGAUGCAGGCAGGGGAGCCCUGAGCCCGCAGCAUGCUCGAGCUCGUUCCUCUGCAGCUUCCCUGCAGCUGGGAGCCGUGUCCCCGGGGACCCUGACGCCCGCUGGGGUCAGCUCCGGCCCCGCAGCUGCACCCAGCGCCCAGCACCUCCGCCAGUCCUCCUUUGAGAUGCCUGACGACGUGCCUCUGCCUGCCGGCUGGGAGAUGGCCAGAACCUCCUCUGGCAGAUACUUCUCGAAUCACGUCGAUCGGACGACGACGUGGCUGGACCCCAGGAAGGCCAUGCUGUCCCGGAGGAGCGUCACGGCGCCCCCCAGCCCCCCAGUGCAGCAGAGCGGGAUGAGCUCAGCCUCAGGUCCUCUUCCUGAUGGGUGGGAGCAAGCCAUGACUCAGGAUGGAGAAAUACGCUACAUAAACCAUAAGAGCAAGACCACCUCUUGGCUAGACCCAAGGCUUGACCCUCGUUUCGCCAUGAAGCAGAGAAUCGGCCAGAGCGCUCCGGGGAAGCCGCCCCCACCUCUAGCCCCGCAGAGCCCUCCAGGCGUCCUAGGGGGCGGGGGCUCCAGCCAACAGCAACAGACGCGCCUCCAGCAGCUGCGGAUGGAGGAGGAGCGGCUGCGCCUGAAGCAGCAGGAGCUGCUCCGCCGGGCAAUGCGGAACAUCAGUCCCAGCACAGCCAAUUCUCCGAAAUGUCAGGAACUAGCUCUUCGUAGCCAGUUACCAACACUGGAGCAGGAUGGCGGGACUCCCAGUCCAGUGCCCCUCCCCCCCGGGAUGUCUCAGGAACUGAGGACGAUGAUGACCAGUGGCUCAGAUCCCUUCCUCGACAGUGGCGCCUACCACUCCCGGGAUGAAAGCACAGACAGUGGGCUGAGCAUGAGCAGCUACAGCGUCCCUCGAACCCCAGAUGACUUCCUGAACAGUGUUGACGAGAUGGACACAGGUGAUGCUAUCAACCAAAGCACCCUGCCCUCCCAGCAGAACCGUUUCCCAGACUACCUAGAAGCCGUUCCUGGGACAGAUGUGGACCUCGGAACGCUGGAGGGAGAUGGGAUGAACAUAGAAGGAGAGGAGUUGAUGCAGAGUCUGCAGGAAGCUCUGAGCUCGGACAUCCUUAACGACAUGGAGUCCGUGCUGGCUGCCACCAAGCUGGACACAGAAAGCUUUCUCACAUGGUUCUAG